AUGACACGUUGUACUCAUUCACCGCUUUACUUCUUCUUCUUUUAUCCUCUCUUAUACCUCACUAUGAAUACCAAACCCAUCGGAAAUUCAACAACACGGCUGUGCACGGCGGAGCAACAGAGGUUUUCCGGUAGCGACGACGACAAAGAUGAACUGGUGGAUUGUGAAAUGGAAGAAGCAACAAAAGCUUCGGUUCUACGUAGAGGCGGAUCUGAAAUUUGAAGCUUUGUUUUUCUUUUCAAAAUGAAGGACAAAUUUACGCCGCCGUGCAAGGCGGAGGAAGGGAAGUUUGCUGGUGGAGAUGGAAAAGAUGAACUGGUGGAUUUUGAGAUGGAAGCAGCACAAGCAUUGGCUUGUUUAGCUCAUCCAGGGAGUAGAAGUGAUGAGUUUUCAGUUCCAGGACCAUCUGGUCGCUCUGAGGAACAAGUAAUAACGAUACAGUCCGAGCAGGAAUCUGAACCAAAAACAAGCCCUCAGCAUGCUCUGAACUAUCCACCAGUUGCCAGCAGAAGAUCGAGGCAGAAUUUGACUGAGGAGGAGAAGGAAGAACGAAGACUCUGUCGUGUGUUAGCAAAUAGAGAGUCUGCUAGGCAAACAAUUCGCCGGAGACAGGCAAUGUAUGAAGAAUUGACAAGAAAAGCAGCUGAUCUUUCAUCAGAGAACAACAAUCUGAAGAAGAAAAAGGAGCUGGCAGCUAAGGAGUACGAUUCUUUGAAGAACGAAAAUUCUACCUUAAGACGACAGAUGUCUAGAAUAGAGAAGGCUGAAGCAGAGGGAACAGAUGGUGCUUCUAGGUCGAAACCUGUAGAAAUUUCCACUCCAAGCCCAGCUCCAGCUCCAACUCCGACUCCAGCUCCGACCUCUCUUUUUAACCAGCCUCCUAUAUUACCUUUCUUUUGGCCAUCCAUUGUUCAACCUUUCAACUUAUUACAGUGUAGUACCCAAAAUAUUCCUGAUAUUGCAUCAGUGGUGCCUUCACCUACUGCCGGCGAAUUAAAUUCUAUUAACAGACAACAGGUUUCAAAUCCAGGAAAUCCACUAUAUGUACUUCCCUUCCCUUGCUUGAUCCCAUUUCAUCCUCAAAACACUCCAUUUCUUCCUUGGGCCUCUACCGUUACUGGAAAACAUGCCGAGACUUCCUCAGCCACAACUACCCAGGAAACCGAGACGGAACCUGUGCUUGGUUUUCCACCAGACUCAGGUGCAUCUGAGAGAAGGCGGCAGCGCUCUAGAGAAAUGGUCCCUAUGACUGAUCCCUCUCGACAUCAACAAGACGAUACCCCUGAUCCCAAUGCUGUCUCUUGUACCGCGGGACAUGGAGGAGAUACUUCAGAAAAGACAACUCAAGAAUCCAUCACCUGCUCUAGCGAAAAGACGGCAGACGCCAUUGCAGCAGCAACAGAGGCUCGGAAACGAAGGAAAGAGCUACUGCAUUUGAAAGGUCACCAUUAAACUUCCCAGGCAU